AUUGUGAUUUAUAGCUACCUUCGAACAACGCGAUAAACCGCUCUUAAUCGGGCACGGGGCGUUGUUUCUAGAUUAUUUCGAACUUGACAACUAUUGCGAGAAGUUGUGUCAUUGUAAAGUACUUGAAACAUAUUGAACACAAUGGCUUCUUAUAAAAUGGGUCCCCAAACUUAUGCAGUGCCGAUGUCUUUAUUUAAGCAUAAUAGGGAGAGAUCGUGCACUGCGCUUCUAGAGAACCUGGACAAAUGCUUGAAAUCCCCAUAUGCUCUUCUUGAGGGUGGCAAGGACUUAAGUCUAUAUAACACGGAUGUGGAGUACGUGUUCCGACAGGAAUCAUACUUCCAAUAUCUUUUUGGAGUCAAAGAGCCAGGCUGUUAUGGUUUGCUGGACAUAAAGAAGUCGCGUGCUAUACUCUUUGUACCUAGAUUGCCGGAGGAAUACGAGACUUGGAUGGGACCCCUGCUCACGUUGGAGCAUUUUAAAACGAUGUACGAAGUCGAUGAAGUACAUUUCGUUGAUGAGCUGACUACCUUCCUGGGAAAAGUUCAGCCGGACUUGAUACUGACGCUAAGCGGUACAAAUAGUGAUAGCGGACUUACUAUGCAACCUCCUGAGUUUGAGGGAAAAGAUAAAUAUGUAACCAACUGCGACAUACUAUACCCCAUUCUAUCGGAAUGCCGCGUCAUCAAAUCGGCCGAGGAGAUUGAAGUCUUGCGGUACGUUGCAAAAGUUUCUUCGGAUGCGCACAUAAAGGUAAUGAAAUUUGUGCGCCCCGGUCACAUGGAAUAUGAGGCAGAGGCGGUAUUUCUGCACCAUGCAUAUGCUGUGGGCGGCUGCCGACAUGCAUCAUAUACAUGCAUUUGUGGAAGUGGCACAAAUUCGGCAAUUCUGCACUAUGGCCAUGCUGGGGCACCCAACAAUCGACCAAUUCAAAGUGGUGAUAUGUGCUUGUUUGACAUGGGAGCAAACUACUGCGGCUACGCUGCUGAUAUCACAUGUAGUUUUCCGGCAAAUGGCAAGUUUACAGAAGACCAAAAGUUCAUCUACAAUGCUGUUCUGGAUGCACGAAACGCUGUGAUGCAAAGCGCACGUGAUGGUAUCUCUUGGGUUGAUAUGCACAAGUUGGCGGGCAAAGUCUUAAUGCAACGCCUUAAGGACGGUGGGAUGCUGAAGGGUGAUGUAGAUGAAAUGCUAGCAGCUGGACUUUCUGGCGUCUUUCAACCGCAUGGCUUGGGUCAUUUGAUUGGUUUGGAUGUGCAUGAUGUGGGCGGGUAUUUACCCAAGGAACCGGCUCGUCCCAAAGAGGCUUGGAUCAGCAAGCUGCGUUUUGCUCGUAUUUUGAGAGCGGGCAUGUAUGUAACUAUAGAGCCAGGCUGUUAUUUCAUUAAACGCCUAAUGGAUCAAGCUCUGGCCGACCCCCAACUGAGUAAAUUUAUUAAUAUCGAGGUGUUUGAACGUUUCCGUGGAUUUGGCGGUGUUCGAAUUGAAGACGAUGUCUUAAUAACAAAGGACGGUACGGAGAAUUUUGCGAUUGUGCCGCGCACUAUAGAGGAAAUUGAAAAGGCCAUGGCCUCCGCCUGAAAAAAUAAAUUGCAAUCUUUUAUACAAUAUGAUUUUGCAUGUAUUAAUAUCCAUAUAUUUGUUUAUUACUAUUAAAUAAAAUAAAAUGUCAUAGGCAUUGUUUUUGAAA